AUGGCCCCCGUAUUCCGCGACACCACGGCCUCCAUCUCCGACGGAGCUCCCGGCUCUCUGUCCACCAACAUGAUCAUCGGACUGUGUAGCAUUGGCCUGCUCUUCAUCGCCUUCGUUGUCUUGGUUAUCCGAGUCAACUGGGGCGUGUGGAUCCUCUCCGCCCCCUCCGCCGCACGCACCUGGCUCUACGCCGCCCUCCACACUCGACGGGCCCGCGCUCGCACCACGGGCCACCCCAGCCGUCCGAUCUUCCAUCGUCCUUUCCCACGUACCGCCCAGACGGCGCUGGGCCCGAUCACUACUCCACGUGCGUACCGGACCGUCGCCGUCGCCCGCCCCGUCGUCGCCCCGCAGCCGCUUCACGUCGGGAGCGGGCGCGAGCGCCUGCGGUCGGCGUCGCAGAUGAGCGUCCGCUCGUUGGGCAGCAGCUCUGGCUACGGCAUCUCGGACAGCGGGCACUCCGAUGCGCCUCUGCUGCCCGCGGCGGCGGCGAGUGUUUCCUCCCCUGUUCACGCGUCCUGCGGGUGA